AUGGCGGCAGCGAUAGAGGAAGCAGUGUUUAAUGCUCUACGGGGACAUCACAAUGCGCUCACGAAGCUGCCUUCGCCCCGAAUAAUUAAGAUCUAUGUGGCAAGCUUAAAGGAUGACUUCAAAGAGGAACGACGACUGCUGCUGGAAGUGAUUGGUCCGGACCUGCAAGCCCUGUACGAUGACCGGCAGCUCGAGAUUGAAAUAGUUGACAUACACUUCGGAACUGGCAGUGAUGAGCUAACAACCGUCGACCUGGAUCCGUAUGUGCUCGAGGAUCAUCUGGAGGAAAUCGAAACGUGUCAUGCCGUCUCGAAGAGUGUAUUUCUAAUCGUGCUGCUUGGGUCACGUUUGGGCAAUUUUUUACUGCCAACCAAACUCGACCCCACCAUUUUUACGGCCAUUUCGAACCUAUCGACCGGCGACGAGGUGGAGUGUUUGCGGAAGUGGUACAGCACCAGCCGCCCGAAGGCGGGCGUUCAUCCGGCGGACGGGCGGCUCCCGAACGGCGAAGGAUGCUACUACUGGCUGGCUACGGACUACAGGACGCUGGAUCGAGCCGAAUGGGCGACGGAAGCGGAACGGUUGCGGGAGCUGCUGGAGAGACGGUUGGAGGAGGUGUUGCGUUCGGCUGCGGGCAAGGAAAAGUCAUCCGAAGAUGGAUUGGACGGGGAACAAUUCUGUGAUAAUCUGAAACGACUGAAAACCAGAGCUAUCGCACGGGAAAUUGAAAAGGGUUUAGCGUGCUCGCCGGGACGCAUUUUGACACUUUUCCGCCGCUGGCAGAAGCAGCCGGAAAAUGGUGCUACCGACCACGGCGACGAUGGGCCCCCGGGUGUGAACAAGCUAGAGUGCAGCCUCGUACAAGCGCUACCUGCCAGCAAUCACCAGACGCUAACCGUUGAUUGGGCGGAAAAUGGAAUCGACCCGGAGCUCGAAUGUCACGAUCUCUACUUGAGUAGCUUCAAGAACAAAAUGUUCGAAAUGAUGAAGGCUUCCAUCGAUCAGGAUUUGGCCAAGGACCCGAACGGUGGCAAGGGGCGCAAGAAGACGGUACAGGAAAUAUUCCACGAGCAUUCGACGCAUUUAAUGUACUUAAAUGAGCACCUGAGUGCAAACAAGUACAUCUCGUCCAUGGUACCGGAGCGGAUACGGCAGAACGUGCAGAUGAACUUCCGGUCUGGGAGCCGGCAUCCGCCGUACUUCAUCCACGGUGGGCAUGGCAGCGGCAAGAGCACUUUGCUGUCGCACAUCUACACCGAGCUGACGGGAUGGUUCGAGCACGUGAAGGUGCACCGCGUGAUACGGUACGCGUCGGCUACGCCCCGUUCCGCCUACAACCUGGAGCUGCUGCGUGUCGUCUGCCAACAGCUGGCCAUCAUCUUGAACAUCCCCGAGGGUUACCUGCCGAAGGACGCAUCGUUCGAUCCGCUGUACAUCAACAACUGGUUCCAGAACUUGCUGAAGCACUGCGAGGACCUGCACAACGAGAUACUCUUCCUGUUCAUUGACGAUCUGCACCGGUUGAAUCCGCUCGACUGCGACAUAGUGGCUGCGCUGUCCUGGCUACCCAUCAGUCUGCCCUGGAACGUGUUUCUGGUCGUGUCUACCACCGUGCCGAUCGAGUCACUCCGGCUGACGCCGAUGCAGAAGGAGCGGUUCAAGUGUGCGGACUACUUUUUCGAUCUCGCGCUGGAGCAAAACGAAACCAAAGUGCAACGUUGGGGCGUAAGUGCAUCGGGGCCAGAACAGGCCGAAACCGAUGGUCCCACGUUUGUGCAGCUGGUCAAUGGGUUGUUCGAUGCGAUGGAGCAGCGGUUCGGUGUGAAGGGCUUUAGCCGGUUGGCCAUCUACGUGACGUGCUCGGAGUACGGGUUGACGGAAACGGAGCUGCUGGAGCUGCUGAUGCCGACGCAGGACGCGGACCUGGUCAUCGAUAGUCACCAGGGAGACUUCAACUUUUCCACCUUCCGCACCAUUCGCAAUGAAAUGAGGCUGAUACUGAGGGAGAAACUAAUGUCCGGUAAGCUGUUGAUCGUCUGGCGGCACAGCAUAUGUUCGGAGAUUACCCGGGCCCGCUACAUGACGCCCGACAUUACCCGCUCCAUACACUCGGAGCUGGUGAAUCUGUUCUUCCCACCGGACGGUGACGACAGCGAGGACAUGUCGACCGAACAGCACAGCAGAAAAUCGAGCAUGCAGACACAGCAGGAUGACAAUGUGACCCAAGUGCUAAACCUAGGGCCGGACAUUUCCUACAGCAUACGGCACGUGGAGGAGGCCUGGCAUCAUCUGAUCAAGUCGGAGGACACCAAAAAGCUGAAGGAGAUUGCGGUGUGCAAUUUCGACUUUUUGCUCGCUGCGGUGCAAACAGUGUCCAUCAGCUAUCUGCGCUGCCUAAUCGAGCACGUGCGCUGUUACAUCCUGGACCGGGACAUCGAGCUGGUGUACUACACGAUCCGGAAGUCGAGCGAUGUACUUACCCGCGAUCCAAUGCAGCUGGGCGCCCAGUUGAUUUCCUGGCUGAAGUCCGUGUCGGCACACGAGGGACCGCAGGCACUGCUCAGCGUUACGGUGCAAUCGGCGACGGCCUGGUGCGAUGGGUACACGGUGCCACUGCUCGUACCGUUGACCGGUUGGCUUCCGGUUCCGCUGCCCAGCCAGAUACGGUGCAUCACCGUGCCAGGGCCGGGCCCGGUCCGCUGCAUCGAAGUUUCGCCGUCCAAACAGCAUCUGAUAUUAUCGCCAAAAGUUGGUGACCCGCAGCUCUGGCACAUCAUGAGCAACAGCCUAGUACAUACGUUUAAAGGUCACAGCGGUCCGGUAACGUACAUGAAGGUACUGUCACAGUAUCUGGUCACAGCGUCCGAGGACACAUCCGUUAUCGUGUGGGACAUGAAGACCCUGGCAAUGAAGUUGAGAUUACGCGAACACAUUGCUCCGGCGCUGUGCGCUACGUUAGCCUUGGACAACAAGUACGUCAUCAGUGGUAGUGAUGAUUCCAGCAUCAUAAUUGCACUGUUCGAGACGGGAAAGCUGGUUACCAAAAUUGAUCAUCACCGUGGCCCGGUGACGGCCCUGCACAUGAGCUACCCGAGCGAAGUCCUCGUGUCCUCCAGCCACGAUGCAACCGUCUGUCUGUGGUCGCUGGUAAACUUCACCCUACUCAACUGCAUCCAGCUGGCGCAGCCCAUUCUCGGCAUGCAGAUAUCGUGCGAUUCGACGUUCCUGCUGGUGCACUGUGCCGACAACGGGUUGUAUCUUCGGUCGCUGACCACCGGCACGGAGCUGCACGCCCUGAAAGGACACAAAUCGAAGGUUCGUGCCCUUUGCAUUGCCAUGGACAGCCAGCGGGCGAUCGUUGGUGGUGAGGAUACGAAGGCCCUCAUCUUCGACAUGCAUUCCGGCCGCAUUAUCCGGUCGCUGCCACCGAACCCGGGCGCCGUCACAGCCGUGUACGUGAUGGAGAAGGACGACUACCUCAUCACGGCCGGCGGUAACAAGAUCACGUUCUAUUCGUUCCGCAACGAAGAUUCCAUCGUCAAUUUCUACCCGAAGAAGAAGAAAACGCUCAAAAAGUUCCACCGAAAUCGGUUGGCGCUGCAGUCGACCUCGAGCCCGGUGAUUUGCUUUGACGUGUCGCGCGACUCGACGAUGGCGGCCGUCGCCUCGAGCCGGUGCGUGCAGAUCUGGCAGCUGAACACACCGGAGCUGACCAGCAUCCUGGAGGGGCACUCGGCCACGGUGACGUGCGUGAGCUUUGCGCCGAACUGUGAGCUGGUCGCUUCCGGCUCGGAGGACAAAACGGUGAACGUCUGGAGUUUGGGGCUCGGUUCGGUGACGGCAACCUUCAAGGGGCACACCACCGCGAUCACCUCCGUCACGUUCAUGAUGGACGCCAGACGCAUCAUAUCGGCCGACCGGGAUGGGCUGCUGUACGUGUGGAUCUCCGACUCCGGCAUGAUACUGCAGAACGUGCAGGGACCGCACAAGUGUCUGUCCGUGACGAACAACAUGAAGUUCGCGGUGUGCACCAAUGGGGACUCGAGUCUGCGGAUUUGGUCGCUAACGCGCGAGGACGAAAAGUACACGGUGUCGCAUUCGGACGAGAUUACCUGCUUCAUCAUCACGGCUGACUCGCUGUACGUCAUCACCGGCUCGCGGGACAUGUCGCUGAAGGUGUGGCAGGCGACGGGCGGCAAGCUGGCGCAGGUUCUCGUCGGCCACACGGACGCAGUCACAUGCGUUGCGGUGUCAGUCACCAACAAAAGCCAGGUCAUAUCUGGUUCGAAGGAUUCCAACCUCAUCAUCUGGGACAUACACACCGGCGAGGAAAUACACACGCUCGCCGGCCAUCUUGGACCGGUGACGUGCGUCAAGGUGUCGGCGGACGGGACGACGGCCGUAUCGGGAAGCGACGACAAGACGCUAAUCGUGUGGGAAACGAAGCGCGGCCUAGCGUUAACCUCGCUGCAGCUGCACGUCCAGUUCACGCGGUUCGACAUCAGUCUCGAGUGUUCGCGCAUCAUCGUGCAGCUGGUGGACAGUUCGUGUUUGCCCAUCAUCUGUCUGCACAACUCACCGGCCAGCUACAUCAAGCUGCCGACCUAUUCUGCCCCUGCACGGGACGUGGAGGAUCUUCGCCCGGCCGGGCCGAAACGGCCGGCCCGGCGUCUGCUCAAGAAGGAGGUGUCGCUGGACACGUACACCUGGCAGAAGAAGUACGCCCAUCUGACGUCCUCGGUCAUGAUGGCACAGGUGGACGAGCGUCUCAAGCGGCGCUUCUCGGUGUCUGCCAGCAUGGAGGAGAUUUCCAAGCUGGCCGAGGCGAAGAAUGUCGAAUCCCAGGCCACGCUUGGUCCGGAACAGGCGGCCCUCGCCCAGUCCCAGCACUUCGAUCAGCUGGAGGCACUCUGGAACAAACGAUCGCCUCCGAGACGCAGACUCAACGCGUCACUGUCUCGGCAAUCGUCGCUGGUCGAGGAUCGGAUCGACUCAUCGGACGAGGACGAGUUCCAGGAGGAACGCGCAGGUAUGUCGAAGAAACUGGCCCUCUUUCACGCGUCGCGCCCACUGUCGCUUUCGGUAGAUGCAUGGAACUGUUCUAGUCUGUACUCCUCAACCUCCUCCACCAACACCCAAUACAACCAACCGAACCAUCACCAGCAGCACCAAUACCACCAGUACCAUCACCGGCAUCAGCCCGAUCUGUUGCGCGAGGUGCUGCUGCUGAAGAAGCAACACUCGGUGCCGACCGGUGGCCACGCGGUCGACCCGUACGGCGCCCCGCUCAAGCUAUCCUCCACCGAGACCGAUCUGCAGGCCCUCUUUCGGCACUGCACGUUCGGGACGCUCAGUUGCCACUCGCGGCGCCGACAGUCGAGCCCGGAAGGUGAACAGUAUCACGUCCGCACACGGCGUAAGUCCCGCUCGAUCGAUAACCUUGACCAGGAGGUGACGGUCUUUAGCCAACGUUGUCGACGCAAUCCCAUGUCCCGGUCCUGUCUCAUGCAGUGA